UGUACUUCACAAGUUAGUGGUGAAGAAGAAAAACACUGUCGCGGAAAUGUCGGAAGACUUGAAUGGUUUGUUGUGAACGACUGAGACGUAUUUGAGGCAGCAUCAGGUGAACAGGUUCUCCACUUUCUAGUCCAUGACCACACCUCAGAAUGGGGCAAAGAAAGCGAGUUAAUGUCCAGUCUCCUGUGCCCUGUCCUUCUGAGACGCAGCCCUUCAGUCCUCACACACACUCCUCCACAGAGAUCCCUCAUCACACACACGCGUUCAACACUUCCGGACAUCAUGGAUAUCUGCAGAGCGGAAAGCACAGCAUUUGCAUGGUGUCUGACUUUUUUUACCCCAACAUGGGUGGGGUGGAGAGCCACAUCUACCAGCUCUCGCAGUGCCUCAUAGAGAAGGGCCACAAGGUGGUGAUAGCAACACACGCCUAUGGCGAGCGGCGUGGAGUGCGCUACCUCAACAAUGGUCUGAAGGUGUAUUACCUCCCACUUCAGGUGAUGUAUAACCAAUCCACGGCCACCACCUGCUUUCAUAGCCUGCCACUUCUCAGGUGUGUGUUCGUGCGUGAGCGUAUCACUGUGGUGCAUGCCCACAGCUCCUUCUCAGCCAUGGCCCAUGAUGCUCUGUUCCAUGCCAAGACCAUGGGUCUCAACACCGUGUUCACAGACCACUCGCUCUUCGGAUUCGCUGACCUCAGCUCCGUGCUGACCAAUAAACUGCUUACUGUGUCUUUGUGCGACACCAACCACAUUGUAUGUGUGUCCUACACCAGCAAGGAGAACACUGUGCUGAGGGCCGCCCUCAACCCCGACAUCGUCUCUGUCAUCCCCAAUGCAGUCGACCCUACUGAUUUCACACCUGAUCCCAGUUGCCGUGACAGUAGCAAGAUAACCAUCGUCGUAGUAAGCCGAUUGGUCUACAGGAAGGGAAUUGACCUGUUGGGUGGAAUUAUUCCAGAGCUUUGUGCCAAACAUCCAGAUCUCUGCUUUCUGAUUGGUGGAGAAGGUCCUAAGCGCCUUGUUCUGGAAGAAGUUAGAGAGAAAUAUCAGCUUCAUGACAGGGUGCGUCUUCUGGGGGCUCUGGAUCACAAGGACGUACGGGACGUGCUAGUGCAAGGUCAUAUCUUCCUGAAUACAUCACUAACUGAAGCCUUCUGCAUGGCCAUAGUAGAGGGAGCCAGCUGUGGCCUGCAGGUGGUGAGCACUCGUGUUGGAGGUAUACCGGAGGUUCUCCCUGAUGAGUUGGUGACCCUGUGUGAGCCGACAGUCAGCUCCCUUUGUGUUGGAUUAGAAAAAGUUAUUGCCAGGCAACGUGCGGGCAAAGUUCCCUCUCCUGCAGCCAUCCACCGCCAGGUCCAAACUCUCUACACCUGGAGAAAUGUCGCUGAGCGGACAGAAAAGGUGUACGAUCACGCAUGCAGGCAACCAGUCCUGCCCUUACCUGCUCGACUUCGGAGGCUGCGCUCUCACUGCGGUGCCGUCGCUGGCUCUAUAUUCUCCUUUGUAGCUGUUAUCAAUUUCCUCUUCCUUCUGUUCCUGCAGUGGCUCUUCCCCAAUCACCUCAUCGAUGUUGCCGUGGACGCAUCUGGACCAGGUGGUCGUUGGGGGCGGGGCUUUGGGAAGGAAGAGAGUAAAGACCCGAUUGUAGCACGGUGUGCUGUUGAGGAUACAAGACGGUUAAAGUGUUAGUGUGGUCAAGAUGUAGCUUCUGAUAUGUGGGACCAUGUUUAAACCUCCAGAGAUUUUAAACAAGUGCACUGAAUUGACCUGUUUACAUUCCAGUGAAGGGUGUCUGGUUCAAGUGUGAUGAACUACUUUAUUCCACAAAAAAGUCUGUAGUAGUUAUGAUCUUAGUCAAGAAGACUCACUGUGUCAUUUAUUAAAACACUAUAACAUGCA